ACCAAGCGCUAUAAAAGAUAGAAGGUUCUACAACAGCCAAGACAGACAGAAAGUUAAGAGUUGCUCAGUGUUGUCGAUCAAAAAGUGAUAUUUUCUGUUCAGAAAAACUCUAAUCAUGUCAUUCCGAGGGGAUACACUCAAGAGGAUGCUUCCAAAGACGUAUCUUCGCAAAUAUGUGUCUCAUGACAUACACGUCGCAUUAACUUACUUCCAAAACCUUGUGCCCGUGAUGGAUAAAUUUGUUUACAAUGAUGGAACCACAAAGAACUUGAUGAGUCUAACCGGAACUGUUCCUGUCAUGAUUUCAGACAAAACCUACAACAUACCCAUAUGUUUAUGGAUUGAAGAGACCUACCCCCAAACUGCCCCUAUCUGCUACGUUAAACCCACAAGUGAGAUGAUGGUCAUCAGAGGAAAUUACAUCUCCAGCAAUGGUGAAAUCCUGCUGCCUUACCUGCAACACUGGAACAAGGAUCAGUGUGACAUUGUCAGCCUGCUGCAGGUGAUGGUUGCCAUGUUUGGAGAGGCUCCUCCUGUAUGUAUGCGGCCUCAUUCGGACCCCGAACAAAGAUCAUGUGGGCUGCAGUACUACAGACAAGCAGAAGUAUUUCAAGACUUAGAUGGAAGCUCAUAUCUACCUUUAGCCAGAGAAGAUAAUGAACCUUUCCAGCAAGAAAAUGAAAGCAAUUGUUAGUUUGUUUGUCGAUGAUGAGUGUAAUUUGUGUUUAAAAAAAUGCUUGUGUGUUACUUUUUAUUAUCCUGUGCACAGUGUCAGAUGGUAUCCAUUGAAUGUACAGUUCAUUAACAAUUUUUCAAAUGAUUUAUGCUGAAAAUAUCAAGCAACACGCGUGAAAUUAUGUGUUGUUUGUUGAGAAUCUGUAGCACUUCAAAAAAAAUUAAAUACUGCUUCAAUUUUUAAAGACUAUGUGUUAAGAGACUUCAUUGCUUUACAAGCAGCUAAAACUGUUUUUUAAUUGCAUCCAAAGGCCAACGUUGUGCUCUAAUCUAAAGAAAGCAGAUUUUUAAACCACAGAAGACAUAUAUAGCUGGGUGCAGCCUACUAAAGCCUGAUUUUUUACAUAAGACUGCAGCUUUUUAACAUUGAACACAGACUGUUUUGUUAAUCUGAAAAGCUAUCACUUACAACAGCCACAGCCGCAAGGUUGAUCAUUAGUGUAAGCCACUUAUUUUGUUUCUUCGUGUUGAAUUGACAGUUACUUGAUUUGGUUUUUUUUUGUGUGAUAUCUAUGGUAAAAUUUUCACUAUAGAUGCACAGGCUGACUACAAUUUUUCAUACAGAAAAUAAUGUUGAAACUUGUAAAGGACUUGUAAAGACUAUUGGUUCAUCUAUCAUUGUAAAUAAAAAGCCAUAUUAAACCCA